AUGAAUAAUAAAAUUCUGUUUGAUCAAUUACUAACAAAUUUAAAGAUAUUUUUGGAAUUUAUGAACUUCCAAAUACUUGUUGAAACUGGAAGAUAUACAAGUGGAUUUAAUUACUCAAUUAUAGUUACAUACAAUGGAAUAAAUAAUACUAUUCAAAAUGAAGAAGCUGAAUUUGGUAGUUAUGGUUUAAUUGAUAGUCGAAUUGAAGUCGAUUUAAAAAUCAAUCGUGAAGGUAAAGUUAAUCGUGUAUGUUAUAUGCCACAAAAUCCUCGAAUAAUCGCAUGA